AUGUCCUCGCAGCAUUUAGAGUUCCAGUUUCGUCGUGGACUUCUCAUUCAUGAGUUUGAGUUGCAUCUUCCUAUGACUCAGACCCUAAGUUCGAGCUCCUUUGGUGAUACAGAUAUGGUCCGUGGUGAGGCUUGGUGUUAUGCCGAAUUUCGCUUUGCCGCCGGUCCCAAAUGCGAGAGACUCAACUAUCUUCGAUCUACUUGUACAGUAGAUACUUGCCUAAAUUAA